AUUCAGGAAAAGAACUUGAACCUACAUUCUGCUAUUCAAAAACUGCUGCAAACUAAAACUAUUCAGAAGUGCUGAAGGGUUCAAAAGAACACUGGGAGAUGCUCUUGAGCUUGCUGAAGAAAUAGACUUUCUGACAGAAUUUGAACCAGAGCCAGUUCACAUUCAGCAAAAGAAACAGCAGUUUUUGUCUGAAGGACGAGACACACCCAUUCGGAACCCAAAACAAAGGUUCAAAGUGAAUUUCUACUUCGCAAUCCUUGAUACUGCUGUUCACUCGGUUGACGAAAGAUUUCAACAUAUGCAGCAGCUAGAGUCAAUAUUUGGCUUUCUAUAUGAUAUCCACAGAUUGCAAAAGAAAACAGCAAAACAGGUAGCUCAGCACCUGGCGUGAUGAAGGCUGCCGUGUUCCUGCUGCUCACCCUCCUGGUGCCCGCGUACCACACGGAUGCUCAGUGCAUCAUUGACAAUGUGGUCGAUCUGAAGGUGCAGGCAGUGGUUAAUUCCAUAGUGUCCUCCACCCUCGCCAAAGCCAAGCUACUCUGCCAGGAUGUGUCAGCCCGUGGGGCACUUGUCUCCUGCCCAGCAGGGUACAAACCCACGGGCUGUGCCUGUGGAAUGGCCUGCGGCUCCUGGGACAUUCGCACCGACUCCACCUGCCACUGCCAGUGCGGCGGCAUCGACUGGACGGCCGCGCGCUGCUGCAAGAUAGGACUGGAGUGAUGCCAAGACCCAGCCUGGGGCACCGGAGAGCCCCACCUGGCCUGCUGCCCCUGUCGCCCCCUCGCCGUGGGCCCUGGCACAGAACCAGGCUGUGCCCUUUGUGCCCAGUGCAAUGAAUAAACUUGGAUCUGGGUCUGUU